AGUUGCUAGAUAAGAAAUAAAUAGUGCAUUGCAGUGCUCCAGACUUGACUUGUCUUACAGUUGCUACGAUCGCGGCGUUCUCGUACCGUUUCCACCACUUUCUGAAACCAAACUUUCACGUAAUCUCGUUGCCGCCGCUGAUAGAGUCCACCAGCACUGAAACAAGCUUACAAAAUACGCUAAUCCCAUCCAACACAGACGAUGACAUAGAAGUGUGCAUGCCCCAACGCCGCUCAAAGUUACAACAGAAUUCUUACAAACCACGUCUCCUACUGACAUUGUGCAGUGCGCAAAUACCUUUAAUUGGAAUUACUUUGCCACGCAUAUUUAUACGAAUUGUCGACUGAAAUCACGAUCAUUGAGUUUAUCACAUUUAUUCCAGAUGGUGAAGUUAAGCCCAAUGCAGCCGAACUACGGCAAACGCAACUGCGGUAAAGUCGUGAUCCUCUCCGCCAUCAGCAUCACUUUGGGGAUUUCCCUCUUGGUCACAUGGCCACUCAUCUUCGAUACGGCCCUAAAGUUCGGAUCAACUUUAUCAAAGAAUUCGAUGGCGACGAAGAUUUGGCAAGAGAAUCCGAUGCCUUUGUAUUUGGACUUCUACUUGAUGAACUGGACAAAUCCGCACGAGAUUUAUAACAAAGAUGUUAAGCCUAGAUUCGUGGAAGUCGGACCUGUACGUUUUCAAGAAACCAAAACAAAGGUUAACAUCACUUGGAAUGCUAACAACACGGUGACCUUUAACCAGCAGAAGAAGUGGGUGUUCGAUGAGGCUGGAAGUGCUGUCGGUUUGGAUGUGAACAUCACCUCGAUCAAUCCUGUGACUGUGUCCGGAUCGUACCAGGCGCGAAAUUGGGGAUAUUGGAUGAAGAAAGGCUUUCAACUCUCGCUGAGUUCCGUUGCUCCUGAGAUACACAUCACGAAAACAAUCGGAGAAAUCGUUUUCGAUGGUUACGAAGACUUCUUCGUGAGUUUCAGCAAAGCAGUCCCAUUUCUAUCCAAUCUACCUCAGAUGGAUAAAUUCGGUUGGUUUUACACGAGAAACAAUUCUUAUACCUUUGAUGGUACUUUCAACAUGGACACGUCGCAGGAUAAUUACGGUGUUUUGAACAGCUGGAAUUACCAAGACAAAACCGAAGCCAAUCCCGGCAAAUGCGGCGAGGUGCGUGGAUCUGCCGGAGAGCUCUUCAAGAAACACCAUAAUCGCACCAACAUCGAAUUCUUCUCUCCAGAUAUGUGCAGAACCGUGAUGCUCGAUUACGAGGAAGAUGUUAAAGUCAAUAAUAUCGACGGAUAUAAAUUCUCAGCUGGAAUUAGCCUUUUCGACAACGGAACCUUGAAACCUGAAAACGGUUGCUUCUGCAAUGGUGAAUGCGUUCCGUACGGUGCUGUGAACGUAUCCGAAUGUCGGUAUGGUACACCGGCUUUCGUCACUUUACCACAUUUUUACGGAGCUGACCCAUAUUAUACCAAUUCAAUUGAAGGUCUACGGCCAGAUAAAAAUAAGCAUCAGUUUUAUAUUAGCUUGGAACCGACUACUGGAAUACCCAUUGAUGUUUCUGCAAGGUUGCAAUUAAAUCUUUUAUUGCAACCAAUUAAAUAUGUUAGAACAUUUGAGAACGUUCCAAAGGUUUUCUUCCCGGUGCUGUGGUUCGAGCAAGUGGCGAAGAUUCCGGACCAUUUAUCCAUCAUGCUGAGGUUCCUAUUGGCCAUGCCGCUGAUCUGCAGAACGCUCGGAUUUGUGUUCAUUGUGUUCGGAGUAUCGCUAAUAGCCUACAUUACACACAGGCCCAUUAUCCAAUUGUUCCAACAAAGGACGCAUCCACACAAAAAGAAUAUUUUUAUAGUUCACGAAAUCGUGCCGUUGACGCAAGGCGUCAUAGAGAAGACACGGACGAAGGAUAACAUCAAGAAACAUCGCGACGAGUACUUGCUGAUGUGACUCUCCAAAGUUUCUCCAAUACAUACAACAUAAGAUCAUCAAAAUCAUCAUCAUCAUCAUACAGCCGCGGUGAGACAAUGUACUGACUAUAAAAAGAGUUUUGUCUCUACUGUUUUCGGCUUCCGCGCUCAUCAACCACAAGUGAUCUGCAAGUAAGUCCGAAUCCAAAGUAUCCAUCCAUCCAUCAUCGGUGUAACUAAUGUAUCUACAAAAAAAAUCCAUGGGACCAAGUAUACACGAUAAGAUUAAAGUGCAUGUUUAUACGGUUUGCGCGCUUCUUGAAAGCGAUCCAAGUAUAAUAUAUAUAUGCAUAUAUUCCUUGUUUACUAUAACUUACUGUUAAUAAUACAACUUCUUUUUAUAUUUAACUUAAUAAUAAAAAUAAACAACGUCCAAAGAGUUUAAAUAAAUACAUUUACUUUCAAUUACUGAACUCGAUAUAACCCAAUAAAUGUAUCCAUAUUUGGUUCUUUUAAGUAUCCCGAAAAUACUGGCAAAACAUGUUAAUUCUGUAAGUAUGCAGUGUAAAUAUGGACUUCCACCUGUGUGCACUUUCUUUAUAGAAGACAACAACAAAAGUGCAAUAUCCUCUUGUAAAAUGAACGGCUUCCUCAUUAAAAAAAAAAACAAAACGA